CUUGAUCUCAUCGGGAUCUCGAUCUGCAGCGAUGGGAGGAAUUCUAGCAACAGAAACUCGAUCCAUCUGCUGAUUGCCGGUGCGGAUUCUUACGAAGUUCGAUCUUAUUGGCAUCAGGUUCUACAGCUGGAGAAGGCGGUAUGGGUUACAGAGCAGAGGACGACUACGAUUACCUCUUCAAGGUUGUGCUGAUUGGGGAUUCUGGCGUCGGUAAAUCCAAUCUUCUGUCGAGGUUCACGCGAAACGACUUCAGCCUCGAGUCCAAAUCUACCAUCGGCGUUGAGUUUGCCACACGGAGCAUUCAUGUAGAAGACAAAAUCGUUAAGGCCCAGAUUUGGGACACUGCCGGCCAGGAAAG